AUGGGCUUCGCUCAGACAGAACCGAAGGGAAAUCACUCAUUUGAUGAAGUAAAUCUGGUCGAUUGUAUUGCCUCGAAUAUAGCCACAGGAGAUACCACUGCCCGCAGAAGCUUUGCUCUACAGCCUGAUAUUGCUUGCGAUUAUACGUUUUUACGAACUUGA